AUGAAUUUUCUAAUUGCUUUCCUUUUCUUAUGAUUUGUCAAAGGUUUAGAUCUUACCUGCAGCUCGCACAUUUGCCCAGAUAUCAUAGUAAUUUUUACAUAGAAAGGCAAUCGCCAGUGCAAUCCUGAAUGUAUGACGUCCUUUUGCAAUUAUGACACCAGUUUUCAAUUUAAUAGCUCACUGCAUAAAAAAAACUCAGACUGCUAUGAAAACUGCAUUUUCGAUGGCUGCGAUCCUCAAAAUCUAGGAAAUGGCAUAUGCGAUACUUCUUGUAACACUACAAGCUGUGGAUUUGACUGAGGCGAUUGCACUUGCUCCCCAGGAUGCUUUAAUUCUAUGCUCGGUGAUGGAAAUUGUGAUGAAGAAUGUGAUAACUGAAAUUGCGACCUUGAUAAUCAUGACUGUGGACAGUGCGCAGAUGGAUGUUUUCCAACUAUGCUAGGGAAUGGAAUAUGUGACUCUGCAUGCAAUAAUGAAGAUUGUUUAUUCGAUUAUAAAGAUUGUCAAUGUGCCGAAAAUUGCAAAUGGACAGAUUAUGGAUUAUGUCUACCAGAAUGCAUGAUAGCGAACUGCAAUUAUGACAAAAUAGAUCAAUAUCCUAAUAAUUGAUGUCAAAAUAAGUCAUUAGCUAUUUUUUCAUCUUAUCAGCAAAUUAUCCGUAAUGAUUUUUCAUAUGUUGUGAAUCUUGAAAACUGUUAUAAGGCUUCUAAUUAUACAUGCUCAAAAGAAAAAGCAUUAAAUUUUGUAAACUGUUAUCAAGAAUGCAAUAUUUUAGAAUGCAACUAUGCCAAUGGCAACUGCGAACAUUAUUCUGAUGCCUAUUGCCGGCGCUCUUAUAAGAAUUUUAGUGGCUGCCUCACAUGCAUAAAUAAUAAAUAUACAAUUGAGCUUAGCUGAAAAACAGUGCUUUGGAUGCCUUGGCUAGCCAAGCCCUUUUCCAUUUUUUGAAGCAUAAUCUGUCUCCUCAUUAAAAAUUCUUUCUACUAAUUAGUCUGCAUGAUGCGAUAUUUUUGAAUUCUUUCAAAAUUAAAAAAAAUCCAAAAAUAAUGACAAAGGCUUAUUUUAUGCUAAUUUUAUAUUCUUUCUUUAGAAUGAGCAAAAGCAUUCCUACCGAUUUACAAAUUAUAACUUCUCUAUGUUAAUAGAAUAAUGGUAAAUCGUGGCAUUCCUUAUGCUUACUAUAAUUUAAUAUAGUAAAUAAUAAAGUAAGAUAUUAAUAUUGUGUUUUACUGGUUUUAUUUAACUUGCUUGCUCAUUUGAGCUUUAAAUAAGUAGUGUGUGCAGCUUUUUUCGCACGAUAAUUAAUGAAAUUACUAUAUCUGGAAAUAAUCUCUUUUCAUAGCUGGCAUAGGAUCUAAUUUCCUUUCACUUAAAAUAUAAUUAUCUGACAAAAGUCACUAUCCAGCAUAUUAUUUAAUAUAAGAGCAUUAGAUAUUAUUUUACACAUUGUCUUCCCUUUACAUCAUAAAGAACAGUAGAGGAAUAAAUUUCGUGUUAGUUUAGUUAGCCAAGAUAUCUAAAGCACUGUUUUUGGACUAAGUUCAAUUUUAUAUCAAAUUAUUGCUUAUAAUUUUAAUCGAACUUGCACUAUCUUUAGCCAUUGAGAGUUAUAUACAGGAUUAUUUCCUGAUGGAUCAUUGACAAAAAUAAUUCCAAUUGAUACUUCAUCAGCAAAAAAUCCUCAUAUUUAUUUUGUGAAGCCAAGCACAAAUUCUGGCUGAUUAAGUGGUAAUGGCACUUAUUUUUCUCAAUUUUCAUCUCUAAGUUAUGCACUUGCAAACAUUUUUUACAAUUAUUCAAUAAUUUAUUUAUCUCAAAGCAAUUACUACACUGAACAACGGACUAUAGAAUUAAAAAAUGGGCUAAUGAACAGUAGAUAUUAUGACCCAAACUAUAUUUUUAGAAAUUUAACUUCAAGAAAUAUAAAAAUUAAAACUUUGGAAAAUUCCCCAAUUACUAUAAAAAGAGGAAAAGAUGAUAUUUCUUCGUCAGUAUUUUGAUUUCAAUUGGGAAAUAUUUCAAAUUUAGAAAUAAAUAAUGUCAUUUUUGAUUGGAAAAAUACAAUUUCCUCUUGUAAAAAUGAUGAUUACUGCGAUUAUUGCCCUGUUGUUACAUCAAGCUCAGAUUUAAGUCUUUAUUAUAACGAUAGAGGUGAAAAAAUUAAUGAUUUUUUAUCUGGCACUUGAUGUUCAAUAAAUAACGGUAAAUUUUUUUUCAAUAUUACAUCAAGCAAUUUGGUGCUAAACAACGUGGGUUUUAUUAAUUUUCGAACAGAUUUUAAUUCGAUUUUUUGGGUCGCAAAAAACAGCAAUAUGACUCUCAAUAAUGUCACGUUUGAUAAUGUUAAGGUUUAUAAUAGCGAUAAUUCUGCAAUUAUUGUAUGAAACAGCACAGGAACUCUACAAUUUAAUAAAGGCACUGUUAGUAGGGUCAAUAAUGGAUAUGAAAUAAAAGACUCAAUUCGUAUGAAAGGAUUUUUAAAUGUUAUUUUAGCGAAAUCAAUUGUUUUGAGAGACGUUAAUUUUAUGUAUAAUGUUGUGGAAGAACCGUUAUCAAUUGCAGCGAACCGAGGCGCAUUAGUAUUUCUUAAUUUAUUUCAGAUGCUAGUCAUUGAUUCUUGCACUUUCAUAUAUAACUAUUGCGAUUUUGGAAUAAUAAAUAUACAACAGCAAUACAAUGAUUUUAGCAAUCAAACAAAUGACUAUGGAGAAAUUAUUUACUCAACUCUGAAUCAUAUUUUUAUUGUGAGUUCAAAUUUUACAUCAAACUAUGGGAAAAUCUCAGGGGUAUUAUAUUCAUAUCAUAAAUAUGAAUCUCAAAAUUUGCUUAUUGAAAAUUCAUCAUUUACGCAUAAUGGAAUUGAAACUGGACCUUUAAUAUAUAUUGAAAGCAAUUAUAUUAACCAAAAAUAUUUAUCAGAUAUUAUUUUAAAUACAUCUUCUGCAAAUAACAAUAAUCUUGUUGGAGGAAAAUACUUACUCCCACUACCUGAGUGAAUAAAAAAAAUUUUUUCACUCACGGAGGGGGCUAAUUUUUUUUUUAAAAAAGUUUAUAUAUAAAUUUUAUAGAAAAAAGUUUUUUCGAAAUUUUAAAAAAUCCUAAUUUGUAAAAAAUUGGGAAGCAAAUAUUAAUUUAAUUUAUAAAAUUUAUGUCUUAAAACGCAAUUUGUUUAAAAUUAAACAGAAUAGCUCGAGAUUUCAUUAUACUAAUUAUCACUUAUAUAUCAAUUUUUUUUCAUAAUAAAAACAAUUUUCUAUUAAAAAAAAUUUUUGUUCACUCAUAGAGGGUGGGUUUUGGGCAAAAAAUAGGGAUUUUUUAAAGGUUUUGUUCACUCACGGAGGGGGGGAGUUAGCAAAAUGAGUAAAAAUUCAUAACUCGAGCUUUGUUGAAAAUUAUUCUGGUAGUAGUGGAAUCCUUGAAGUUACAAAAAUGAUUAAUAUAGAUUUAAAGGGUGUUUUUAUGGUUUCAAAUGGCUUAGCAUCAUCUGGGUCUAUGAAUGCUAACUCAAUAAUAUCAAAAUAUUAUAUUGAAAACCCAGAUAUGUAUAUAAAACUCAAUAUUACUGAUCCUCCAGAUUUAAAUUGCGAGUCUUUAUCAUCAAUAUCAGAUUCCAUAAACUUAAAUCUAGACAAAGUGAGCAUUCUAAAAAAUUAUUGUAAAAAUUCUUUACCAAGAAUUAUUAUAUCAAAUACAACAAAUUCAACAAUAAGCAUAUCAAAUUUUGAAAAUAAUAGCGGAUCAGGAUUCAAUGGGAUUUGUUUAACGAGUGAUAAAAGUUCUUCUAUGACUAUCAAAGAUUCGUUUUUUAUCUCAAAUCAGAAUAAUCAGCCCAGAAACCCAGGUGCGAUAUAUAGUCUUUCUGAUUUAUUGUUACAAAAUUGUACAUUUUUAAAUAAUAUUGCAGAUUGAGGUGGAGCUUUGUAUUUUGUAGGCCAGAAUCUUACCUCUUUCUGUUAGCGAGCAAAAAACUUGUUUAAAAAAUUUUUCAUCGAUUUUAAGAAUAUCUUAUAUGAAAAUUUUUUCAAGAAAAAAAUCUAUAGGGAAAACAUUGCUACUGAUUUUCCUAUUUCUUGGAAAAAUAAGUUAUUUUAAAUAUUAAGAAUUGAAAGUUUGGAUUCAGAAUAAUUUAAUCGAUGAAAUUUAAAUUUAAGAAUAAAAAAACCUAGAUAUAGUAGAAUUAUUAAGAGCCUUAAUUAUAAUAAUAAUUAACUAUAACCAAAGCCAAGAUCUAAACCGAAAGUAUAGGAAUAAAGAGAAGUCUAAUUUUCCUAAAAAUGAGGAUAUAAUAAGUUUGCUUCCUCAUGAAAAGGUGAUUUAGAAUUAUUUCUUCAUAUUUUGACUCAAACAGAUCACCUAAUUUGAAUGGAGCAGCUAUUUAUUAUUUUUUGUCUCUUUAUGAUAUCAAAAAUUCAUUAUUUUCUAUCACGAAUACAACUUUCACAAACAAUUCCUGCAAUCUCAAUGGAGGAGGGAUUUUUAUAUCCAAAAGUUCUUUAUCAGAACUGACAUUAGAGCUAGAAAUUGAUGGCUCUCAUUUUUAUAACAACAAAGCAUAUGCUGGCUCUUCACUUUUUAUAGACGGAAAUGUUCAGCUUUCUCCUAAUUCUUCAAUUAGCAACUGCGAAUUUAAAGAAAAUAAAGCAAGUUUCUCAGGCACUAUUUGAAUUUAUUAUACUUAUGGGAUAUUGGAAAUUAAUUCUUGCAGUUUUUUUGAAAACAAUGGGCUAUAUAGUUCAGGGUUAAAUAUAGCAAUAGGUGAAAACAGCUCUGAAAACAAUUCUAAAUUAACUUUAAAUUAUUGCGAUUUUCAAUUCAAUACGGGGAAUGUGACGAUAUCUCUGGAUGAUCAAAAUACAAACUCGACAUUAGAGAUAAAUUAUUGCCAAUUCGAAUAUAAUUAUGGAUCUGUAUUUUCACUUGAUAAUGGUUAUGCAACUGAUAAAAAUUCAAGGAUUCAACAUAAUUAUUCACCAAAUUCUGGAGGAGUUUUGAAUUUAAAAAAUUCUGCAAUUUUUGUAGCAGAAAAUGCAAUUUAUAUAAACUGCAGUAGCAGUCUUAACGGUGGAGUUGCUUCACUUACCUUGAAGUCUCAAUACUUUUGCUUUUCGUGCAAAUUUACAGAGAAUUCUGCAGAAUCUUCAGGAGGUGUUAUAUAUGCUGACUCAAAUGCUGAAUUUCAUAUAUACAGCUCAAUAAUAAAUAAAAACUCGUGCAAAAAUAGAGGGUCUGCUAUAUUUAUGGCAAGCGUAUUUGUUAAUUCAACUAUAGAUAAUUCUAACUCUCUGAUGCUCAAACAGUACUAAUGAGCAAAAAUAUUUUUUUAAAAAUAUUUUGUUUGCUUGAUUGUUUUUAGUUAAUUAAAGACAAUUGGUAUUUAUAGUUACAACUGUGGUUCCUUUAAUUAUUUUUCAUUUAUUAGCAAUAAACUUGCUCGUCCUUUAAGAGAGAGGGUAAGAUAUUUGAAAACUAUGCAUACGGUGAAGGGACUAUAGCUCUUUUAGGAUCAGCAAUUUUUAUCAAUUCCUCAGAAAUCUCUAAUAACUCAGUUAGCCAAAAAAAUCCAGGAAUUCAUCUAGAAAACUCAAUAGCUUUAAUUACGAAUACUUCCUUUUUUAAUCAAAAUGGAAAUGAAGGAUGCUCUAUUUUACUAAUUCCCUUAUUCUAAGCAUCUGAAUUAAUCUUAAUUUUUGCGAAAAUAUGAGAUAUUUUAUUUAUUUUUAAAAUUAUAUUUUGAAAUAAAUUAGAAAAUAGAGUAAUUUUCCUAUGGCGUACAAAAAAAGCAAAUCUGUUUAAAAUUUGACAAAAAACAGCCAAGGUUUUAAAAAAAAGCAAAACAAUAGCAAAGUAAAUUCAACUUUAACAAAAAUUUGAUAAAAAAAGCAAAAUAGCAAAAUUAUAACCACAUAUUAAUGAGAAGAAAGAUGUUUAGAUCUUAGUUUAAAUAUUUAAACAGAGCCAAUUAUCUUUUAUUAGAAAGCAGGUCACUUAAAAUUAGAAAAAAAAUUUCGAAUUUAAAUUUGGCAAAAUCAAUCUAAAUCUAACGCAAGAAUUUUGCUAAAAAUCCGAAAUUUGUCUAUUUUUUUACUAAUUAUGGUUUUUUAUAAAAGAUAAUUUUCUCCAAUAGGGGAGGAUAAGCUCCAGCUUUGCAAAGAUCAUAAAUUCAAGCUUUCAUGAUGGAUUUUCUAGCAGCUCUGGAACUGCUUUGCACGCAACCUCUAGCGUUCUCAAAAUUUUUUCAUCAACAUUUUUAAAUCUUUUUUCAAAUAGCUCAGGAGGCUCAAUUUAUUUGUAUGAAAGUAGCAAUCUUACUCUAAAAGAUUCAAUAUUUAUAAAUACAAGUUCAUCAAUCGACUCAUAUUCAAGCUUCGUCAACAUAACAAAUACAUCUUUUACAAAUUAUUCAAGUUCUUGUAUUUAUGGCUCUCGAAUAAAUUUAUCAUCUGAGUCAUCUUAUUUUUUAAACGGUUAUAGUGCUGUUGGAGCAGCAUUAUAUUGUUCGGAAUGCAAUAAUAUUUCUAUUAUUUCAUCUGAGUUUUCUAAUAAUGUCGCUCAAAAAGGUGGAGCAAUUUAUCUAGAAAAUCAAGCUGAUCAUCUUAAUUCUUCUCAAUGCAAUAUAAAUUCCUCUUCAUUUAUUUCAAAUAUGGCUGGGAAUGGAGGGGCUAUUUGGACAAAUAAUAUAAAUUUGAAUAUUUUUUCAUCAAGAUUUGAUAAAAAUUAUGCUGAAGAUUGGGAGACAAAAACGAUUCAAGAAAUAACUGAUGGUAUUGGAGGAGCUAUAAAAGUUAGUUGUGUGGAUUCAGAAAUUCCUUGCUACUUUGAUAUUUCCUGAAACAACUUUAGUAAUAAUUUGGCUGUUUAUAAAGGAGGAGCUAUUAGCUGGGAUAACUCAAAACCAAUAUUGGAAAAUAAUAAUUUUUGAAAUAAUUCAGCUCUAUAUGGAAAUGAUAUAGCCUCAUUUCCAGCUAUGAUGGUGUUCCUAAAUGGCACAAACCAAAGAGUUCUUCAAUAUCGGAGAAAUUUAGAUUUAAUUCUUAAUGAUAUUGCAUCUGGACAAAUAUAAUAAUAAAAUGGUUACAGUUAGAGUGCGCUUCUGAGAACUCCUCCUACUCAUAAUUUUUUAUUGUAGAUCUCAGUUUUGCUGAUGUGCCUUUACUAUAAUUCUAAACAUAACUUAUCACAUAUGAUAAGACAUCUGCCUUAGAGUUUUUACCGCUUGACGCUCAAGAGAAGAUGACCCUUAUAUAUAAGACAUACUGGAGCCCAGUUUAGAGCUAAUCAAUGAUACCAUGAAAUAUUCUGCUCUUCUUUUGACUGUAUGCUUAGAAUUGUCUUAACCUAUAUAAAAAUGUUGGAGAGAUGUCCGUGACGCCACUAGCUGAAGUUAAAGGGAGGGCUCAGCCUUUAUCCACGUUAAAAACGAAUUAAGUAAGCAAAAAAGUGAGAAUCUGGACAAAAUAAAAAUCCGCCAUUAACUUUUGCUUUGAUUGAUGAUAUUUCGCAAAUAAUUAUGGGUAUAUCCUGCAAAUAGCCCAAUAUGGGCUAGGGAUAGAGGCCAAAACUUCCCCAAAAAUGGAUUGGUCGAAUCAAGUGGAAGGAGGCUUAUUUGCCACUUUCUACUUGACUCGACUACCCCAUUUUGGCCGAACCAAUCUAGAAGUUUUCGUCUCUAUCCCUAGCCCUUAUCGGGCUAUUUGCAGGACAUGCCUAUACAACAGAUUGCUCGAGUCAGGCCCAGCUUCUAUCUUCAAGUGAUGAUUUAAUUAUUUCUGGGACAUCAAUUGCAAAUGCAGUUAACGGAAUAUUUCAUUUUAAUGAGUAUAUUAUUACAGCAAAACCAGGAUCUUCUCUUGAAAUGUCUGUUAUUUCUUCAGCGAUAGACGAUUCAAAAAUGAGUAAAUCUUCUUAUCCGAUACAAAUGUCAUCAAGAUUGCCUAUAUAUGUCAACUUGAGGCUGUGUGAGAUUGGUGAGGCUACUGUCGGUCUUGAGUGUGAAAGCUGCCUUGAAAAUUACUAUAAUAUUGAUAUUAAAAAUUCUAACACCUUUAGUAUCUCAAGCUAAUCGAUUAAAUUUAAGCUUCAUUCUAAAUAAUAAAAUUUAUUUUUUUUAUAUAGUUUUUGAUAUCAGAUAUUUAUAAAUCCUAAUCUUGGUGGAUAAGAAAAAAAAUUGGUUAUUUACAAAGGGAAUUGAGUAAGUGCUUAAGUUGCCCAUCUUCUGCAAAUUGCUAUGGAAACUAUACAAUAGCCCCGAAGCAUGGGUAUUGGAGGGACAAUAAAUUUACAGAUCAUUUUUGGAAAUGCCCAUACCCACCAGCUUGCUUAGGGUCUCCAGAUAUUUUAAACUUAUCCUUUACCGGAAAAUGUGCAAAAGGAUAUGAAAAUAACAUGUGCCACUCAUGUCAGGAAGGAUAUUCAAGAUUAUAUAAAAAUGAAUGCCAAGAAUGUCCUAGCAUUGUCAGUAAUGUUUUUAGGCUUUCCGGAAUUUUUAGUUUGCUUGUUUUUAUGGUGAUAGUUAUAAUAAAAACUUCAAGGAAAUCUGCUUUCGAGCAAGCAUCUUUGUCAUCUAUUUAUAUAAAAAUUUUUUGGAAUUAUUUGCAGAUCAUGAUCAUUAUAGCUACUUUUAGCUUAAAUUGGCCUUAUGAAGCAGUUCAAUUAUUUUAUAUUCAGACUUGCAUGGACUAUAUAGGAGCACAAUUAUUUUUUGUUGAUUGUUUUUUACAAAAAUUAUAUUCAAAAAGUGAUAUUUAUUAUUACAAAAUAUUGAUUACCAGCUUAACUCCAUUUUCUCUUGCGUUCAUUUGCCUGCUUUUAUGAUUAAUAAUUUAUGCAAUAAAAAGGAAGAAUCUAAGAGAGCUUAAAGACGAUUACCUUUCGACAUUUGCAGUAAUCUUAUUUUUAAUUCACCCAAGUAUUACUAAUACAAUGUUCAGUAUUUUUAGUUGCAAAGAAAUAAAUAGUGGAGAAUAUUGAUUAUAUGCAGACCUUGGAAUUAGAUGUUGGGACUAUAAUCAUUUGUUUUAUGUGCUUUUAUUCGCAUUGCCUACAAUAAAUAUUUGGGUAAUUGCAGUUCCUGCACUCUGUCUUAUAAAAUUAGUAAAAAAUAGAAACAAGUUAGAAGAUAUAUCAGUAAAAUUGAGAUUUGGAUUUUUAUUUAAUGGGUAUAACUCAAAGUAUUAUUAUUGGGAGUUCUUAAUCUUAUAUUGAAAAGUUAUUUUGAUUAUACUUUCAGUGUUUUUCUCAAAUCUUUCAACAAAUAUUCAAGCACUUACAGUAGCUCUAAUGCUUGCUAUAUUUCUCCACACUCAAGCUAAAAAUCACCCUUAUUGUGAAACUCAAAUCAAUAAAGUAGAAAUAUUUUCUAUAGCCUCUGCUCUUAUAACAAUUAUAGCUGGUCUCUUCUUUAUAACUGAUGAUUUAGAUUGUUUUGGGAAUAUUAUUUUACUUAUUCUUUUAUUGCUUUUUAACUUCCUAUUUAUCAUAUAUAUAUCAGGACUGCUUUUAAUGCAAAUUUCUAUAUUUAAAAAGUGCAUCAUGAUUUUAGCAAAAGUUUUGCACAUUGAUAAAGAUAAAAAAUAUCAGGUCAGAGAAGACUUAGAUUAUAGAAGUGUAAUUGAUCAAGAUCACAAGCUCAUGACAUCUAUGAACAUUUCAAGUGUUGGAUAUUUAUCUGAGUUAAGGGAUGGUGCAAUGGUUUCCAUGGAAUUAGAUCCUUUUGCUUCAGAGAACGAAUCAGUUCAUGGUUAA